AUGUCCUUUCCCAACAGCUCUCCUGCUGCUAAUACUUUUUUAGUAGAUUCCUUGAUCAGUGCCUGCAGGAGUGACAGUUUUUAUUCGAGCAGCGCCAGCAUGUACAUGCCACCACCUAGCGCAGACAUGGGGACCUAUGGAAUGCAAACCUGUGGACUGCUCCCGUCUCUGGCCAAAAGAGAAGUGAACCACCAAAAUAUGGGUAUGAAUGUGCAUCCUUAUAUACCUCAAGUAGACAGUUGGACAGACCCGAACAGAUCCUGUCGGAUAGAGCAACCUGUUACACAGCAGGUCCCCACUUGCUCAUUCACCGCCAACAUUAAAGAAGAAUCCAAUUGCUGCAUGUAUUCUGAUAAGCGCAACAAACUCAUUUCUGCCGAGGUCCCUUCGUACCAGAGGCUGGUCCCUGAGUCCUGUCCCGUUGAGAACCCCGAGGUUCCUGUCCCUGGAUAUUUUAGACUGAGUCAGACCUACGCCACCGGGAAAACCCAAGAGUACAAUAACAGCCCCGAAGGCAGCUCCACUGUCAUGCUCCAGCUCAACCCUCGCGGCGCGGCCAAGCCGCAGCUCUCGGCUGCCCAGCUGCAGAUGGAAAAGAAGAUGAACGAAACCGUGAGCGGCCAGGAGCCCACCAAAGUCUCCCAAGUGGAGAGCCCCGAGGCCAAAGGCGGCCUUCCCGAAGAGAGGAGCUGCCUGGCUGAGGUCUCCGUGUCCAGUCCCGAAGUGCAGGAGAAGGAAAGCAAAGAGGAAAUCAAGUCUGAUACUCCAACCAGCAAUUGGCUCACUGCAAAGAGUGGCAGAAAGAAGAGGUGCCCUUACACUAAGCACCAAACGCUGGAAUUAGAAAAAGAGUUCUUGUUCAAUAUGUACCUCACCCGCGAGCGCCGCCUAGAGAUCAGUAAGAGCGUUAACCUCACCGACAGGCAGGUCAAGAUUUGGUUUCAAAACCGCCGAAUGAAACUCAAGAAGAUGAGCCGAGAGAAUCGAAUCCGAGAACUGACCGCCAACCUCACCUUUUCUUAG